UGGGGCAAAAGUCGUCCAGUGUACGCCAUGAUGUGACACGUGGUCAAAUCCCGCUGCUGCAAUUGGCUGAGACAACCUUGUCCCCGCUACAGGGCACAUCUGAUGGUCAUUCGUGUCAACGACGGAGUAAGAAACGAUGCUGUUCAACAAGGUGCUCAGAGCCAGUGUGCGGUCGGGGAUCCGGCUGCAGAGCUCCGGUGCGGCUGCAGCGAGUUCUACUGCAUCCCCCAGCAUGUCGUCCACAGGCUUCUCGUUUGAGAUGACGGAUCAGCAGAAGGAGUUCCAGCAGCUGGCCAGGAGGUUUGCACGUGAAGAGAUUGUCCCGCUUGCAGCCGCUUAUGACCGCAGUGGUGAAUAUCCUUUCCCCAUCAUCAAAAAAGCAUGGGAGCUUGGUCUCAUGAACAGUCACAUUCCACAGGAUUAUGGUGGAAUGGGCUUGUCGAUCUUCGACAGCUGCCUCAUCACAGAAGAGUUGGCGUACGGCUGCACUGGAGUACAGACCGCCAUAGAAGCAAACUCCCUGGGACAAAUGCCUGUUAUUAUUGCUGGCAACGAAGCACAGAAGAAGAAAUACCUGGGGCGGAUGACUGAGGAGCCUCUUAUGUGUGCGUACUGUGUGACCGAGCCAGGCGCAGGCUCCGACGUGGCCGGCUUAAAGACGAAAGCCAUGAAGGUGGGCGAUGAGUACGUUGUUAACGGGCAGAAGAUGUGGAUCACAAACGGCGGGAAAGCGAACUGGUAUUUCCUCCUGGCCCGCACUAACCCAGACCCCAAAUGUCCGACCAGCAAGGCCUUCACCGGCUUCAUUUUAGAUGCUGACACUCCAGGAGUUCAAAUUGGAAGGAAGGAGAUGAACAUGGGCCAGAGGUGCUCCGACACCCGGGGCAUCACCUUCGAGGAUGUGAGGAUACCGAAGGAGAACGUCUUGAUUGCGGAGGGAUCCGGCUUCAAGAUCGCCAUGGGCGCCUUCGACAACACCAGGCCUCCGGUGGCUGCAGGAGCAACAGGCCUGGCACAGAGGGCCCUGGACGAAGCUACCAGUUACGCACUGGAGAGGAAGUCUUUCGGCAAAGUUAUCGCUGAGCACCAGGCCGUGUCCUUCCUUCUGGCUGAGAUGGCGAUGAAGGUGGAGCUGGCCAGGAUGGCGUACCAGCGGUCGGCCUGGGAGGUGGACCAGGGCCGCAGAAACACCUACUACGCCUCCAUCGCCAAGGCUUUCGCUGGAGACAUCGCCAACCAGGUGGCCACCGACGCCGUUCAGGUAUUCGGCGGCAACGGGUUCAACAGCGACUACCCGGUGGAGAAGCUGAUGAGAGACGCUAAGAUCUACCAGAUCUACGAGGGAACGGCUCAAAUCCAAAGACUCAUUAUUGCACGAGAACAUCUGGGAAGACACAAGAAAUGAAUUCCAUGCGCCUGAAGUGUCGUUAGUCGUGUCUCUUCUACACGUUCCUGGAGAUAAAUCUGGUAGCGUAAACUCAGGACACGGUGCGAGAUGUUGUUUGCCUUAAUGCUAUUUCAUCCUGCCUUGCCUCUGAAUAGGCCGCAGUUCGUUCAACAUCUGAAAUAAUAAUGCCGCAAUUCUUUCAGUUAAUCGUUUAGUUGAGCUGUCAGGUGAUCCUCGUCAAACUUGUUGAGUCACAAAAUAUCACACGAUCAUGUCCCCUCUACCAGGAGGCUGCAUUCAGGGGAUCAUCUCCCUCUUUAAAUAUACAUCACUUGAAAUCACCUCAUCUGCAGACUGUCAAUAAUGGCAGCCAGGAACAAACUGAGUGGGCUGUUAAUCCAAGAGCAUGGCAAAGAAAGCCUGUAUUUAUUUAGCAUUAGCCUGGUAUGUUAGCUGGCACUCGUCCAUCAAAGCAUAACUAUAAAGUUGUUCAUAACUGGUGUUAAAAAUGGUCGUUUGUUGUUGAGAAACGUGGACAUUUUUGACUUCAUAAAUUGACAGGAGCAGCCCUUUUCUCUUUUUUUUGUGAGGUGAGAUAGUUCCAUUUUUGGGAGGAGGCGGCCGGUUCAGACUGACUUUCAGCCUUACACAUUUAUACAUUUAUGAUUUUUGUAAUAUAGUAUAUAGUAGUCACAGGAUUUAUUUCCCACCAGAAUGUGUAAGGAGACAUAGGAAUGUGUGUCCAAUGAUUUUCUGACAAAACUGUAAAACCGCAUGUUUUUCUUUUACAACUUCAUAACAAUGAUCAAAUCAACAGAAGCUUUUCAGCCUGAAUAUCAUCCGUUUAUUAAAAUGACUGUAUUACUUACAGGCCCUUUUUUUUUAAAAGUUUGCCUGCUCAAGGAUCAUUCAGUCUAGAAAUGAUCAUGAUUUUAUGACGUUUGUUGUAUUUUGUGGACAUUAAAAAGUUAAAUAAAACUCUGUACUAAGAAAACCAAAA